AUGAAACAAUUCCCCUAUGAUUCUACCACUGACGUGGUACUCCCCGCACUUAAAUCCCUUGUUCGCAGCAAUCCCAACUUAACGUUAUUGGAGCGUGAAAAGGUGGUGGUGCGCUCUGCUGACACCUACAAUGAGCGCAAGGUUACACUUAUUUCCGGUGGUGGAUCAGGCCACGAACCCACCCACGCUGGACUUGUAGGCCCUGGUCUUUUGGACGCUGCAGUUUGCGGCCAAGUUUUUGCUUCUCCAUCCACCAAACAAGUACUUGCCGGAAUCGAGGCUCUUGUCCCCUCAUCGCUUGGAACCCUUGUUGUGGUGAAAAACUAUACAGGUGAUGUGAUCAAUUUCGGUCUGGCGGCCGAGCGCGCACAGUCUAACGGAAGAAAGGUUCGUGUGGUUGUGGUCCAGGACGAUGUGGCAGUGGGCCGCAAGAAGGGUGGUCUUGUGGGCCGCCGUGGAUUGGCAGGAACUGUCCUCGUGCACAAGAUUGCAGGUGCAGCAGCCCAGCGCUCUGGUAAGGAACCUGAAAAAUACACACUUGAUGCUGUUGCCAAUGUUGCCCAAUCAGUCGCAGAUAACCUUGUGACGGUAGCAGCUUCGCUUGAACACUGCAAUGUCCCUGGCAGAGCCUUUUCUACAAGUUUGGGUGCUCAGGAAAUGGAGAUUGGCAUGGGCAUCCACAAUGAACCUGGUGCUAAAAAGCUCGAAAGCAUUCCUACAGUUAAGGAGCUUAUUACCAAGGAGCUUCUUCCUCUGCUCUUAAAUCCCAAGGACGAAGAUCGUGCCUUUGUUCCUUUUGAAAAUUCAAAUAAAAUUGUUUUACUUGUCAACAACCUGGGCGGUCUUUCUAAUCUAGAAACACACUACAUUGCCAAUGCUGCUGUGUCAGCUCUUAAAAGUCAAUACAAGAUUACCCCUGCCCGAGUUCUUGUUGGUACCUUUAUCACAGCUCUUAACGGUCCUGGAUUUUCUCUUACUCUUCUCAAUGCUUCUCGUGCAUCACUCGAACUUCAUGCUCAUGUCCCAAGUCUCGUUGGCAUUUCUAUUACUGAUUUGCUUGAUGAGCUUGCAAUUGCACCCGGCUGGUCCGUUUUACCUCUUUUGUCCGACAGUGCGAAAUACGCAGCUGAUGGUACCGAAAGCAAUGUUCAACCUCAAGCGUCUCUUCCUGAGCGCGAGGCUGCCUCUGUGGUUGUGAAGACCCAAAACGCAGCUGCAAUUAUCAAGGCUGGUCUUAAAAGUGUAGUCAAGGUGGAGCCCCAAGUUACCAAGUACGACACUGUUGCUGGUGAUGGUGACUGUGGUGAGACCCUAGUUAACGGUGCCAUUGGCAUUAUGCGUGGUUUAGGCGAGGAUUCUGCAAAAGACUUGGCUACAGUUGGUAUUGUUAAGGAUGAAGCUGAGGAGGACCCGAUACCUGUUGACAAGAUCCGAUUGGACAACGCGGUUGAAACUAUUACAGACAUUGCGAGCAUUGUUGAAGAUUACAUGGGAGGCACAAGUGGUGGUCUCUAUGCCAUUUACUUGCACGCUUUAGCCAGAGGACUGGCAAAGGCAGCCACUAGCGCCACAGACAUGUCGAUUCCUUUACUGGUAAAGGCUACAAAAGAUGCUCUCAGCGCUCUGCAAAAGUACACGCGUGCGGCUCCUGGUGAUCGUACACUUAUGGACGCGCUUGUUCCGUUUGUAAAGACCUUGGCUGAAACCGAAUCACUGGAAAAGGCCGUUGCAGCAGCUCAAGAAGGAGCUGAUUCCACACGCAAGCUCGAAGCCAAGUUUGGUCGCGCAUCGUAUGUGGCCAAAGAAGAGCUGGCACAGUUUGACAAGGAAGGUGGGCUUCCUGAUCCUGGUGCCUUUGGUCUGGCAGCUCUUUUGCAAGGCCUGCUUUCUGGGUACAAGAAUUCUAUUUAA